AUGGAACAAAUCUUGCUCUUUCUCAAUGGCCCACAGCAGCUACAAUUUGGAAAUGAUUGGAUCGACGAAGAGUUUGUCUCGAGGCAUGUGGUUGGGAUAGAUGCCCUUCGUAAGGUCGUGGAUAAGUAUACUCUCGAUUAUGUGGAAAAGAUUGCUGGCGUCCCUAAGCCACAACUGCAGGAGACUGUGAAAAUUGUUGGAAUGACUCCUUCACUGCCGUUUACCACCCUUCAAUGUGUUUAUCAGUCCAGUUCCCCUGCCCGCACCUGCCAGAUCAAUACUAUCAGCCUCCCGCGAGAAAAGAUUGGUACAUCUGGUAUGGACCCUCCUGGCGAAACCAAGUCCCACUUGGAGAUAUGGUUUGACUUGGCAAGGAGAACGGAGUUUAAAAUAAGGACGGAGAACCGUUUGAUUCCAUACACGCAUCCUGAAGAGCCAGCUGGCAUGGCCAUGUGGGAUAAAGAGUUUGUGGGGGCGGUGUCGUUUGCUCAGAGCGGAAUUCAUAUUAAGGUUAGGAGUCUCCCUCCAGACACGCUGGUGCCAAUGGCGAUGCAGGGAGAUCUGCAUCUGCCCGGGUAUAGUAUGGCCGGGCAGAUACGCGAGGGGAGUUAA